AUGGAUAAAAAAGCAUUGAUACAGUAUGCAUUUAGUGAUGAUCCAAACGAACAGCAACAACUGUUUGCAUCGUACUAUUAUAGAGUGGCUACAAUGCCACGUGUAACACGAAUUCGUGAAAUGUUGCCUGACAAAUUAGGAUCGAAACUAUUAUUACGCGAUAAUGAAUAUGCGAUCUAUCAACUCGAUCAACAGCGUCUACUCUACGUUGUUGAAGUUUCAUGGGUAUCGAACGAUGCUUUCAAUAUCGAAUUAGAACGAUUACUAAUUGUUCAUCAUCAGCAACACGCAUUAAAAUUGAGUGAACAUGUCGAAGUUCCAUUGAUAGUUGAUGAUGAAGUUAUUGAAGUAGCCGAACAAGAUUACGGUUUAAUAUGUCCAUCAUCAGGAAAACUUGUACCACUUAAAUCAUUUCAUAUUCGUGCUCAAAUUGUUGAUGUCACCGUUGAAGUUGUUCUCUAUCAAGUCUAUCAUAAUACAAGUUCAGCACCAAUCGAAGCUAAAUAUGUGUUUCCUCUUGAUGAAAAUUCAACUGUAUGUGGUUUUGAAGCACAUAUUAAUAAUAAAGUUAUUAAAGGUAUUGUCAAAGAGAAAGAACAAGCCAAACAAGAAUAUCGAGAAGCAAUCGAAAGUGGUCACGGUGCUUAUUUAAUGCAUCAAGAACAAGCUCAAGUGUUCAGUGUAGCUGUUGGCAAUUUACCAGCAAACAAUGAAGUCAUCAUCAAAAUAACUUAUGUCGCUGAAUUAGAAAUCGAAAAUGAUGAUAUUAUCUUUUGUCUUCCAGCUAAAAUGGCUUCAUGGCAAUCAAAACAAGCAAUCAAAAGCAAGGAUCAAUCGAUUGUACAAUCGAUCGAUAUUAUCGAUGAAAAAGUUGAAUUCAGUUUGAAAGCAUCAAUUCGAAUGCCCUAUAAAAUCAUGAAACUAUUUUCGCCAACACACCGUCUUCGUCGAAAAUUAACUGAUUGUAUAGCAAUGGUCGAACUUGUUGAUAACGUCUUAAUUGAUCGAGAUUUUAUUCUUGCGAUAACACUCAAAAGUGCUAAUUUACCUCGAAUAUCGAAUGAAACAUUGACAUUGGAUGAUGACAGUAACACAACAACAUCAAACAAUCAUGAUUCUCAAGCAUGUAUGCUUACUUUUUAUCCACGAUUUGAAAUAUUGACGAAUUCAAAUGAACAAAUUGAAAUUAUUUUUAUUGUCGAUGUAUCCAAUUCGAUGGAUGGUAGUCAUGUUCAACAAGCCAAACAAUUAGCUCAUUUAUUUCUUACGAAUUUAGAAGUCGACGAUAAAAAUACAUAUUUUAAUGUCGUUACUUUUGGAUCAGAUAAUGAUGAAUGUUUUCCGAUUUCAACAUUAAUCACAAAAGAGAAUCUUGAUAAAGCUAAGCAUUUUGUACUGCAUUCACUUGUUCAUCGUGGUAAUACGGAUCUAUUUGCUGUUCUUCAUCGUUAUUCAUUAUUGCCAUCAUUAUCUUCAUCAAAAUUUGGUCGUCAAUUUAUUCUCUUAUCCGAUGGACAUAUUCAUGAUGUCAACUCGAUUCUUGCUCUAUUCAAACAUUAA